AUGGGUUCGAUUCAAAAUACUGUUUACUACUGUUGUGUAUCAAGGGGUAAUCGGAUCCUUUAUGUAUACAGUGGUGGAGAUGGUGAAAUUGAGAAUUUGGCUACUUUGUGCUUGGAAAAGACUCCUCCUUUUCAUAGGUGGUAUUUUGAGACAGUGGGCAAAAGGACUUAUGGGUUCCUAAUUGAAGAUGGGCAUAUUUAUUUCACAAUUGUUGAUGAGACUCUGGGAAACCCUGGUGUUCUUCAGUUUCUAGAGCAUUUGAGAGACGAAUUCAAGAAGGUAGCCAGGAAGGGUUCCAGGGGAAGUUUGUCAAGUAUGAGCUCUGUUGGCAUACAAGAACAGUUAGUUCCUGUUAUCCACCGCUUGAUCACCUCCUUGGAGAAUGUUUCUCAGAGUGGUAGUAAUUGGACAGCUGAAACUUCCCUGUCACUUCAUGCUGGUCUUUCUCCAUCACCAAGUGGUGCAAACGGACAAACUGAAGUUGCCACUUCUACAAAAGCCCCUCUAUUGGGGAAGCCUAACAAGCAAGAUAAGAAGAAAUCAAAAGAUCAUGUUAUUGCUAUGAGAGACAUUGAGUUGGAGGAACAUAGGAAAUCUACGGAUAGAGGUGUCAAUAUUGACUCAGCAAAUUCAGAUUCUAAUAGCCAUGCUGGAGCAGGUUCUUCAAUUGCAUUACAAAAAGAUUUGGGCUCAAUGAGGAUUAGGUCAGGCUCUCAAGGCAUUCGAAAGAAGUGGUGUCGCCAAGUGCGAAUCGUCCUUGCCAUUGAUGCGGCUGUUUGUGUAAUACUGUUUGUGAUAUGGUUAUUGAUAUGUAAUGGUAUUGCGUGCAUCCGUUGA